UACUCUUUUUACCUAUUACCAUUAUUCAUCUUUUUGUGUUUGAAGAAGAAUAAUAAACUAAAAGAUGAUACAGAUAUUAAUAGAUAUGGAGCACAACACUAAUAUUAAAUAACAAUUCAAGUUGGUUGUUGGUUCGUCUUGCGUGCAUACCACAAGUUUUUAUUUAAUUGGUAUCCUAUAGAGUUUAAUAUACACAAAAUUGUAAAACUGCCCAAAUGUUUUGUAUUCAAAUGGAAAAAUGAUAACAUUCGGAAAUCCUAACGCUUCAAAUGCGGAGGAGUCAGGUGAAGUAAGAAGUAUUUGUGAAAGUGUAUGCAGUGAUGGGUCCAAUGCUACUGUUCAAGCUGGGUCUUCCAACCAAAGGCCUAAAAUGGACAUUGCUUGUGUUUUGGAUGUGUCCCAAACACAACACUUGGCGCAUAGAAAAAGAGCAUUAGAGGAAGUUAGAUUGGCUUCAGACCUUGUGAAUGCAAAUCUACAUCAUAUACAUUUUGAAAAACUUGAUUUUGGUGAAACAAGUGUAUUGGAUACAUUCUACAAUGCUGAUGUGGUACUUGUGGAUCUCAGCGUUCAAGUGCAACAGAGUUCAUUGCUGUAUCAUCUUGGCGUUAGAGAGAGUUUUGAUAUGAAGGAGAAUGUAUUGCUUUUUAAUGAUAUUGAUCCUGACGCUACCCUUCGUAUUAAGAUAUCAUUACCGAAUUUCCUUUUUGUGUCAUACAAGAUGACUGAUGCGGGCAUAUGUGUUACAACCAAUCCGGCAGCGACAAAAUUCAAGGGGGAGGAAACAGCUGAUCCGAAACAACAUCUCACCUUGAGAUUGAAGAAUAUAUUACAAGACGUAGAAGUGCAAACAAAAGCGCAUCUACAAGAGAAAUUCCUUUCAGAUCUUCGAAAAGCUCGUGAAACUUACAGCGGUGCGGAGCUUAAUAAUUAUUUACAUGCCAUGCGACGUCGGCUGGAUGAUCCGGGAGUGUUAUCGGGAGAUACGAUUUUGAAUCUCCUUAUAUCGUAUAGAGAAAUACAGGACUAUGACGCGAUAGUACAUAUUGUUGAUGAUCUGAAGACUAUAAUGAACAGGAAGAAUUAUGUAAAUAUGCCGAUUAUAAGGUUCAUGUACGCGUUUGCUAUGAACAGGAGAAAUAAAGAAGGCGACAGGGAAAAUGCAUUGCGAGUAUGCGUGAAAGCGUUGGAAAAGAAGGAAAAUAGAUUUCCCGACAUGCUGUGCCUCUGUGGGCGCAUUUAUAAGGAUAAAUUUGUUGAAUCUCAGCACAGCGAUAUGGAGAGCUUGACGAGUGCCAUACAUUGGUACAGACAAGGCUUUGAAGUACAACCGAAUGAAUAUGCUGGCAUCAAUUUGGCAACUCUGCUUGUUAUUGCUGGAAAUGAUUUUAAAGAUUCUCAAGAACUACAACAUAUAGGCAGAGUACUCAACCACUUGAUCGGUAAAAAAGGCAGUUUAUCGUCCCUCAAAGAGUAUUGGGACGUCGCCACUUUCUUCGAGAUCUCGGUCCUUGCGCAGGAUUACGUCAAGGCGAUACAAGCGGCCGAAUGUAUGUUCAAAUUGAAACCGCCCAAUUGGUACCUUAAAUCAACUAUUGGCAAUAUCGAGCUUAUAGAUAGGUUCAGAAAAAAGAAUGAAGAUACAUCACCUGAGCAACAGGUCUUCUCAUUCUGGAUGGAAUUCUUCGUUGAGGCCACCAAGAGUUCCUGUGAAAACAUCAUUAGGUUCCCCGUCGUGAUAUUAGAAACUACAAAAGAAUACAUGCCUUCAUAUGUCAACGUCAAUAUGGGAGCUGAACAAAAAUCGGUGGAAAUUCUCAACCUGUGUCUCAAAUAUAUGAGGGGAGAUUGCAGACAGGUACAUAGGUGGCUGUUUACAUCUGAUAUGAUUAGGACUUAUAGCUUAUACAAACGCGACGAUAGAUGUCUCUUUCUAUACGUGAGUGAGAAUUCUGAUGAUUUUCAAAUAUUCCUCCCUUCACAUUUGUUCCGGCAACGUUUGUAUGAGUUUUUGGGAGAAUUGACUGCGGACCAUGAAAAAGUCGCGGAUUUGGAUACAAGCGUUAUGCAGGACCAGUUGAAGUUUGAAUACGAACUAGACGAUUGCAACAAACGUGUCGUACUUGGUAAAGGCACGUACGGAGUCGUAUACGCAGCGAGGGAUCUCAAUACCCAAGUGCGAAUCGCGGUUAAGGAGAUACCGGAGAAGAAUCUUGGAGAUGUCCAGCCAUUACAUGAAGAGAUAAUGCUGCAUUCCCAAUUAAGGCACAGGAAUAUUGUGCAGUACCUAGGAUCAAUAUCAGAAGACAACUAUUUCAAGAUAUUCAUGGAACAAGUUCCCGGAGGAUCUCUGUCAGCUCUGCUUCGCUCAAAAUGGGGACCUCUUAAAGAAAAUGAGGCCACUAUAGCCUACUAUACUAAACAGAUUUUGGAAGGUUUAAAAUACUUACACGACCAAAAAAUCGUGCAUCGUGAUAUAAAAGGUGACAACGUAUUGGUGAAUACAUACAGUGGGGUGGUCAAGAUAUCAGAUUUCGGUACGUCAAAGCGAUUGGCCGGUUUGUGUCCCUCAACGGAGACUUUUGCUGGAACAUUGCAAUACAUGGCCCCAGAGGUCAUAGACAAGGGUCAGAGGGGAUAUGGGGCACCGGCUGACAUCUGGUCUCUUGGUUGUACGGUUGUGGAGAUGGCGACCGGAAAUCCGCCAUUCAUGGAGUUGGGGUCACCUCAAGCUGCUUUGUUUAAGGUGGGGUAUUAUAAAAUGCAUCCAGAAAUCCCGAGUGAGUUGUCCCAGAAGGCGAAGAAUUUCAUCCUUCGAUGCUUCAUACCGGAUCCGGAAAAUAGGGCGACGGCUGCAGAGUUAUUGGAAGAUCCUUUCCUUUGCGAAAAAAAGAAAUCAAGCAGUCGCCUAGGAAACAAUGACUUUAGCCGCAGUAUAUCAGUACCCGCGGAUAAGGGAAGGCCGGUCGUAACUCAAAAGAAAAUCUCUCAGCCGAGUUUGCAAGGAAAUCUGCCGAGCUCCCCGGAAAUAGAGGUUAAAACGGUCCGGUCUAACCCGACAAUCACUAGGACGGCGUCCUCGAUGCUGUCUCCAAUAUUGAUUUAUCCGCCGGACCUAUCUCAUAGCAGUACAAUGCCGAAUACGCCGUCCACUGAAGAGAUGGAGAAUGCCGAUACUAUUUUAAAUAGACGGAGCUCGUCUGGAGGGCUUUUGUCACCUGAGGUGGACAUGCCCAACGUACCGAGAUCAUCUAUUGAUAUAGAACACGACGGCUUCUACCUGCUUAAGAAGGACUCUCAACGGCGCCUCACUCUCUCUCGUGUGUUAGAGCAGGACUGCGAGAAGAUUUGCUCAAAAUGGAUGCUCAGUAUACAACAAGAUUUCGGCACUACCGUCUUGACUAUGAACCAUCUAGAAACCCUCCGAUGCGCGCUCAAAGAGUACAUAAUGGAUCAAAACAGAUCUGUCAUCGAGCAGGCGAUAACGACAUUGAAGGAAGACUUGGAUUUCGAUUCAAACGCUAUAAAUGAACUCCAUUCAGCAAUUUACAUGUUCCAAGAAGCGGUGAACGUUGUACUACGAAUGCAUAGUAUUAAGCCGCAUUGGAUGUUCGCUUUGGACAAUUUAGUCAGGAACGCGGUGCAAGCAGCCAUAACUGUUUUGUCACCAGAGCUAGGAGCCAACCUAGCUGGCCAAGAUGGAAGAAGGGAACGCGGAAGUAAUGAAGGUGCCACGCCUUCCGCUCUAUCAACUGCUACUUCCACCAGAGACCACCAAUUGCAUCAGAUGCAUCAGUUGCGGCAUGAGAACCAGAAAUUACAACAAGAGUUAAUGGAUAGUUACCAGCAAUACCAGUCACUGCUCCGCUGCAUGUUGGAAGAACAAAAGGCGCAGACGCAAAUUAUUCGGGAAUUCGUUGAGAAAAGACCAAGAAUGCAAACCAAUGAAGAGUUUGACGAAGAACAAUACGAGGCGAUAAAGGAGUGGAUGACGUCACGGGGUGUGCCCGAAGAAGCUAGCAAGGCGCUAGCACAACAGGGAUUUACUUUGGUGGACGUACUCCAGCAUGCUCAGAGGGAGGAUAUCGCUAAACUUAAUCUUAGAGGCGGCAUCGAACUACGACUUUGGCGGGCGAUACUCGAACACCGGCUUCAAAUGAACAACAAUGUCCUUCGCCGAACAAGCAGCACCGAAACAGAUAUGGAUACGAAUUCAAUGGUUGUGGUUGAGUGCAAUCAGUGCAAAACUGCGCGCUCUCUAUCGAACUCCUGUUCUGGUAACCCAACUGUAGUUAUAAAGGAACAGGUUAAUGGGGACAGCGAAUACUAUAGAGGCGAUAUUUGACUAAUGCGAGGGUGGUGCACUCUACAAUAAUUAUUAUUUUUUUGUUGAGAAAUCUAAAUAUUAGAAAAAAUUGAAUAUUGUUAAAUUGUUAUUAGAUUGGUUGAGUUUUGAGCAGAAAAUUUAUAACGAUACUUAUUCAAAAAUUAUUUUUCGUAUAGUGCAGUUGUUGAACCGACAUUCGGAAUAUAAUAAUUUUUAAUACAAAACGUCAGCCUAUAAGACAACGUAAAAAAUGUUUACCAAAAACGUCUAAUAAUUAGAUUUCUUAUACUUACGAAUUGUAGAAUUAACGCACACACAACAUAGAAGAUACAUCUAUUUUAAAUACAUAUACAUGUAAGGAUUUAGCAAUAACUAUGGCAGUGAAACUUAAUUAGGUUUUUUAUGAGGGAUAACUGCUUUUAACGCUUCUAGUGUGCCACCCUUAAUGUAUAUAGAUAUUUAUAAGAGACACUGGUGCUAAUUUUGAUGUACAUUCUCACCUACGAGAAACUAUGUUAUUGAGUUAAAAUUACAGAAUUUAUGUUAUUAUAAAGAACUUAAUAAGUAAAAAUAAAUAUAUCAAAAUUAGUAUGUUGGAAGGCUUAUAACUAUACAUAAAGAGCUUAAAAUUAAUUUUAAUUCAAGAAGUAAGGAGUUGUACACCAGAAUUAGUACCAAUGAUAUUUCAUACAAAGUUUUAGGGAAAAUGACGUAUCACAGAUAUUCAUCCCAUUUUUGCACCUUAAUUGUAUACGUCUUUUGUUAUGUAUCAGAUUUUUAUAUAGUUUUUGUGUUUUUUUUUAAAUCAUAAUAAAUACGUAUAUGUUACGUAUCUGCACGUAUACGUGUAUACGUAAAUUUGAUAUUUAUGCAUAAUAAAUCACAUAGUCACGCCUUAAUACUUCUAAACAUGGUGCUAAUGUUGUGAUGUUAUAUGAAGUGCCUUUACAUGCUUUAAAUAAGUUUCAAAAGCGUUCAUGUUCACAAUUAUUGUUAAAAUUUAAGUUUUUGAGUGUUGUUUAAAAAUUAGUUUUAAGAAUAACUUAAGUAGUUUCGCUAAGCGGCAAUGUUAAAAUAUGUUUUUUCUAUUUUGAGAAAUUAUCGAACAUUAACUUAGAAAUAAACUAUAAACCCCGUUUAGUUAGGGAAUGUUUUGUCUCGUUUACUUAUUGGCAAAUGGUCAGAUAUGAUAGAGACAGAACAUUUAAUAUUUGGUUUAAUACACGUUUAUGAAUAAGUCUUUCGAUAAUUCUUGGUUGUUAUUACAUAUUUCCUUUAUGUGCCAUAAUAAUGAGUUUAUUUAUAUUCCUAGGAGGAAGGAUCGAUCUAUAAUAAUCUAUAGAGUUAAAAUGUAUUUUAUAUUGGAGUUAUCCUGAUAACCGAGUCUCUUCAGUAAUAAUAAAACCUUUAAAAAAAUUACGGUAAUUUCUUUAAGUAUUCGUAUGCGAGAAUGUUAUAAUUACAAUACAUGAUAGUUCAAAGUAAUAAUAAAACAAUUUUGCUAUAGAGCUCAGUUUGAGACUGGUCAUAUGCUUUUCGAUACUAUAUUUUUGGAUUCAAAAGGCAAUACUGUAUCUAAGUAAGUAAGACAAAGCGAUAAAAAAAAUAUCUAAUUCGAUGUAUUUUUUUUACAAAUUAUUAAAAAAAAGUUUACAAACAACGAUUUUCGUAAACGUUUUCGUUUACAAUACAUUUAUUCAACUAUCAGAUAUUUGAAUUGCUUUGUCACAGCUCUGAAUUUGAAUGAAUACUUUAAUACAAUAUUUCACUGCGCGAAAUUCAUUACUGUCAAAUUAAAAAAAAAAAAAAUCCACGCAAUUCAUAAUUCUUAUGAUGAUAGCCAAUUAGAAAAACACAUUGUAAACGUAAAACAAAAGACGAUUAGGCAUUUCUAUUUUUAUUCAUCUGGCACGAAGAACGUCUGUGGUUGGAUUAGAAAGAAAUAGAUUCGUCUUUUGUUUCACUUUCUAUGCUGCCUAUUUCUAUUGCAGAAGAUAUUUUAAUUUACUAUUGUAUACACUACACAGUUAUGUUAAUACAGUGGCUAUCUAUUGAAUCUAGAAAAACAUUUAUUUGUUCCUCGUUUUCCUGUUGAUCUUUGUGCUUCCUUGAUAUUAAAUGGGAGUGUUACAGAAUAUGUAUUUUAAUAAAAGUAACUUGUUUUGUUUAAGAUUAUUGUAACAUAUUUACAAAUUAUUCUAAUACUCAAUAUUGUGAAGUACAAAUAUAACUUAGUUAACA